AUUAUAUACCCUACCUGGGUUGACAGACGUACCGGUUGCCAGGUGUGUGAGGGUCGCCUACAGUAAUGUCCUGACUGAAGAAGGUUGUCGUUGUGUCAACAGCAGUUAAAUGUAGUUUAUUAACAAAGUGGCGAAGGUCGACUCGACGCCCGUCCUAAUUUGGAGAGUGAGGACGCACUUGUGACAGUUUGUGCCAGGAUGAGGAGACACCUUGGAGUGGCGCUGCUCUUGCUGCUGUUAACAGCUGUAGAGUCCAACAGCAUGUCUCCACCAGGGAAACCAGUCCUGCUUGGCUGCAGGUCCCCUGAGAAGGAGACGUUUACCUGCUGGUGGGAGCCAGGCUCCGACGGAGGGCUGCCGACCACGCACCGCCUCUAUUACGAGACAGAAAGAUUGGAGGGAGUGUACGAGUGUCCGGACUACCUGUCAGCUGGGAGGAACUCCUGUUUCUUUAACAAGAGUCACACCUCCAUCUGGGUCUACUACUACCUGACAGUGGUGGCCUUCAAUUCCCUCGGGAAUGCCACUUCAGACACCCUUAAGAUUGAUGUGAUGGAAAUCAUGAAGCCCAAUGUUCCUGAAAAUGUAACCAUGCUGGUGCAGGGGAAAGAGGACACUCCAAAUAUCCAAAUCAGAUGGGAGCAUCCCUAUAACAUGGACACCAAGUCUGGCUGGGUCACCGUUAAAUAUGAACUAAGAGUCAAACAAGAAGGCAGCAACAAGUGGAAGUCAUAUACAUCAGGUACAGAAACCCAUUUCACCCUGUACAGCGUCAGUCCCGGGGUGGUGCAUAUGGUCCAGGUGCGUUGCAGACUAGACCACGGCUACUGGAGUGAGUGGACCAACACUACCUUUGUGAAGGUCCCUAACAAUUUUCAGAACGGAAGACCGUUUUGGAUAUUGGUUUCCUGCCUCUCUGCAAUUCCUUUCAUUGCAACAAUGUGCAUCUUGGUCAUGACGAGGAAACAUGUGAAGCAGUAUGUUCUGCCCCCUGUUCCUGGUCCAAAAAUAAGAGGAGUUGAUUUUCAACUUCUCAAGAGCGGGCGAUCUGAAGAUGUCAUCAAUGCCAUGAUCAUCAACCAGAACUUUCCUCUUAUGGUAGGCUGGAAGGACCAGAUGGAGGAGUACCUGAUAGUGACCGAGAAUGACAAUGGGCCUCUGCCGGAUCCCUCCAAUUCUCAAAAAAGAAAGAAAAGCUUGAUUAUGCCAUCCGGCUUCCGCUUAGACUCGGAAAUACAAUAUAAGGGGUCAACCCCCAUCCAAAAUGACUGGCAGACGGCUGAGGAAACAAAGAAUGAAACAGAUAACUUUGUGGAGCCAUCCCAGCUGCCUACGAAGGAACAACAGUGCCCAAGUAUAAACUUUGUAAACCCAGAAGCAACGGAACGGAGUCUGUCAAAUCAUGAGAACGCCAGCAAACCCUUCACAAACAGCGGUUAUGUGGAUAUUCAGAAACAUGAGGAAAGCAUACAGGAGGUAGAUGUGAAACAGGUGGACUACAGCAGAGUGAAAGAGGUGAACGGUGACAAUAUUCUCAUCCUUGAGAAAAAAAAUCAUCACAGCUCUGGCUCCACCGAUGUUCAGACACAAGAGGACAUAUCCGAUGACUACAGCAGGGUGAAAAAGGUGGACAGUGACAAUAUGGUCUUCCUGCAGAAACAAAAUGUGUCCGUUGACACUUCCUGUAGAGAGAAGGGUGACCACUACACAGACUGUUCCCUUCAGAAGCCGAGAAACCUUCAUGUGACUGGACCCCAUAAAGUGGGCGUGUGCACAGGACUCAUCGAUAGCGGAUAUGUUGAAACUAUGCCUGCACCACUUUAAUGUAAAGUUUUGUUUUAUAUGCAAUGUCCAAAUACAAAUGACAAAUGUCCCCAGUAAUUUACUGUGUGAUUAGUGUUUUCACCAUUUUCUGACAUUUAAUGGACCAAACAACUAAUUGUUAUCAAAUUAUUAACAGAUUCAUCAAUAAAGAACAUAAUCGUUACAACCUUAUUAUCUGAUGGAUUUCCAUGACAUUUGGCACAGACAUUCAUGGCCACCAGGCAAUGUAACUUAUCAUCUAAUUCACCUAAAACAUUCUAUAUGUCCAGUACUUUGGUUUCUAACCUAGUACAUCAACUGUGCUUUGUAUUAAGUACUAAUUAGCAAAUGUCAGCAUGCUAACAUGCUGAAGUCAGAUGGUGAACAUGGUAAAGAUUAUACUUGCUAAACUUGAACCAUAACACGUUUAGCUUAAAGCACGGUGUGCUUAAGUACAGCCUCACAGAGCCACAGUCAGAAAAUGUCCUAUAAGUCACUUGACAUACCAAGUUUCCUCCCAAAAUGUUACACGAUAUUUUUCAUAUUUGUUUUAUUUAAAAUCACAAAUGAUUACAUUUUUGAAUGAGUUUGAAAUUUCUAAUAAAUUACAUUUCAGUUUUA